AUGGUCCUAGAUUACAGCAAGUGGGACGCCCUAGAGCUGUCCGACGACUCGGAUAUCGAGGUUCAUCCCAAUGUCGACAAGCGUUCGUUCAUUCGCGCAAAGCAGAACCAAAUUCAUCAGCAACGAGAGCAGCGCCGCUAUGAAAUCCAAACUCUGAAAUACGAGCGCAUAAUCAACGACGGACUCCUAUCGCGUAUCGAUAAGCUACUUCAUGCCUUGAAGCAACAUGAAACCUCAUCGGCCAACCCCGAAGAAUUGGUGUUCCAGGUUAUCAUGGAGUCUGCAGGAAACCCGGCGGAGGACCAACCCCCUCCACCCCCGGAGGGUGUCCACACGCACGAAAAGGAGCAGCCCAAGUAUUCAACCAUGAUGGGCGCUCUCAUCGACCAGGUUAAGAAGGAGAUUGGUGAGGUUAAGUCGGAGGAGCUUUUCCAGGCGUACACCAAGGGCGUGCAGGGGCAUAAGGACAAGGUACAAGGGUUGCAGAAGGAGUUGCUGCAACGGCUGGCUCAGCUAGAGAAGGAAGAGGGUAGUAAGAUUACCAGUGAGGGUUUACAUGAUGGAUUUAACACCUCUCACAUUGCGAAGCCUGCCGAGGGCAACGCAUCCUCCAGAGGACAGACUAACUCUGUUGAACUGCUGAACCCUGGUGCGGCACCCCAGAAGGCUUCAUCGUCGGCUGACGCAGAUGAUGACGACCCGGAGAACGCCAGACCCAGUGACCUGGUAAAGACGUUUGCAAAGAUCAGCCAACAUGACUAUCGAGCUCAACUUCAAUUCAUCGGCGAUCACCCCGAGAUUGUCGCUGAAAAGGAGACGGACGGUCUUUUGGUGGAGGCAUUUAACAGCCAGAUGGAAGGCAAGGACGACUAUGCUCGCCGGUGUGUCCACCAUGGUCUGCUGUUGCAGUACUGCCGUUCGCUGGGUCGGGAUGGUGUUUCCCUGUUCUUCAAACGUAUCACAACCGACAACCACCAAGCAUCCACCCUUUUCCGCAACGACGUCAACGAAACGUACAGCAAAAUCAAAAUCCGCGCCACUGAACUCGCCAAAGAUCCCUCCGCCUCCAACGACCCGGCAGGUGUCGAGCAGAUCCAGCUGCACGCAGUCGAUCCAAACACCAAGAUCACCAUCAACAUUCCCCCUGAGGGCAGCGACCAUCCGGAAAUUGUUGAAGCUCGCAAGAUCUUUGAGUCCUUCUCCGCAGACCUGCGGAACGCAUUGUUGUCUGAGUCUCUGGACGAAGUUAACAAGGUUCUGGGUAAGAUGCCUGUUGCGGAGGCAGAGGGCGUCGUGGAGAAGCUUGGGGAAGGUGGUCUGCUUAGUCUCGAGGAGGGAAUUGUCGAUGCCACUACGGAGGAGGGGAAGAAGAAGUUGGAAGAGAUUGAAGCUGAGGGUAAGCGGGAGAAGGUUGAGGAGGUUGGAGAGCCGGGGGAGGGAGUUGUAACUGAGCUGGACUAG